UCAGCUCCGCGCGCUGUCGCGGACGUGACGUCAUCAACGUUGGCGGUAUUUUGAAAAGGAGGCGCCUUGUUGUUGUCUUCCGCUCACAGGGGAACAUUUCACAAUCGAUGGCUGAGCUGGGGGCAGCUGAACAUGCAGCAGCAGCAGGAGAGCUGUCAGACGCUGCUCAGGCUGAGCUGCUGGAGCUGUGUGAGGAGCAGUUCUCUCAGCUGGAGAAGCUUCAGAAUGAGAUCAUACUGUCUGAACCAGAUUACUGCGAGAACCCACAGGAGCAGUCAGUGAAUCGACUGAUUGCAACAGAAGCUGAACUGAAGCAGUGGCAGGCAGUGGAGCCUAAAUUGCUGGCAGCGAAUUCAGAGGUUUUACUCGAAGCUGGAAAAGAGGAGAUGCUCAAGCUGUGUUCUGAACUUGAGAUGGUUGCUUCCUGCUACAAAGCAAAGACAGACAAACUGAGAGAGACCAAACAACUUGAACUGAAGUGGUUGGAGGAGAAGAAACAGGUGCUAAUAGCGGCCAGUGAUCACGCUGAACGACUUCAAAUGGACAAGGAGAAAAUAUCAGAGCAGAGUGUACUGCUGGACACUAAGGCCAAAAUCCAGAAAAUGAAGGUGUACCAGGAGAGGUUGAUGGAGUGUCUGGGGGACGUCCUGGAGAAGCAUGUUCCUCUCCCUCAGAUUGAAUCCAGUACAAACAGGAAGAAGAAGAACAUUGAACUGGGGAUAAAUGAAAACUUGAUUUCACUUAAUGAAAUCCUGGAGGUGCUCAUGAACAAGGUCCUGAGCACACCACACGACACCUAUGUGACGAUAGAUGACACAUUCUGGCCACCGUACAUAGAGAUGCUUCUCCGCUAUGGGAUUGCAGUGAGGCACCAGGAGAAUCACUUCAAGAUCCGCCUGGAGACCUUCUUUUAGGGCAGUGGUGCAUUAGCCAUCUCGGGCACCAUUUGUAUGUCUUUCUAAUUCCAGUCUCCUUGUACAGUGCUGCUGUUGUGUAUGUAUAUUGUGUGUGUGUGUGUGUGUGCGUGUGCGUGUGUGCGCGUGUGUGUGCAUUUCAAAGAUAGCAUUUUAUGAAUUGCCCAUUUAGGCUUUAUACAAGUAGGUUUUAUGUUAAGAUCCUGUUUGUAUGUACAGAAUAACCAUGGACUCUUUUACAUUUAACACUCAAUUAGUAAUAAACAAUGUAUAGUAUGUAAGUGUUUAUCAGUGUCCUUGAAAUUCUUAUGUUCAGUUUUAUUUAGAGUGUACAACACGUUUGAGGCCUACAGAUAUACCUGUAUAUAUGUACAAGUUAUUCAUUAGAUUGUUUAUAUUUUCUUGUUCAUAUUCAAUAAACUUUGGAGCUGA